AUGUGUGAGGGUGAUGUGGGUGUGGGUGUGGAUGUGUGCGGGUGGUGUAAAUGUGGGUGGGAGGAGGGCAGGACCGUGGGCGUGGAAUGGAAUGUUCCUGCGAUGCUGGAUCCCUCGCCAUGUGGGGGCGAGUCGAGGCCGAGCGCUGGCGAGGACUUCGUGAUCCACUUCGAAACGGACUUACGUGUCUGUGUGUCGAAGCCCCCCUCCCCCGGCGCCCCUUGGGUCCCCCAGCCCCCCCAGCGCCCCCUGGCCCCGCCCCCCAUCUACAACUACGGCGGCUACAACGCCCCCGUCGGCUACUACGGCUUCCAGGGCUACCCUAUCCACGCUGUGGGCGGCCUUUACCCGGGCAUGGGCAUCACCUCGCCGCAGGCCCGCCCGCAGAGCGCUGCCGCCUUCCAGGCCGCGCCGCCCGUGUCCUCGGAGAGCGCGUGUGAGGCGCCGCCGUCCCUCCCGCAGGGCGGGCUCGGCUCCUCCGGCCUCCUGGACGCGUCGAGCGCGUCCUUCCUGGACGUGACGGGCCAGAGCGACACCACGCUGCUGCAGCCGCCCGAGAGCCCCGCCCACGCCGCCCACGCCCCGUGCACGCCGGCCGAGGGGCGCCCGGCCGUCGACCUGAACCACAACGUGCGGCCCAAGGGGGACAUCAAGCAGGAGGGGGCGGGGGGGUACGGCUCCCCCGCCGCGCUGGCGCCGGGGGGCGCGAGGCGGCAGUGCCUGGCCCCGUCCGUGGCACUGCCGCCCGCCGACGCCGCGGCCGCGGGCGGCGGCGGCAGCCCCUUCGAGAACGAGCUGCGGGCGGCGGCGGCGCACAAGAUGGCGCUCAGCAUCCGGUCGUUCUCCAUCACGGACGCCGAGUACGAGGCGCUGGACGACGCGGCCAGGGCGUCGCCGCAGUCGCCCGCGCCCUCGCCGCACGCCCUCGCCGCCCACGAGCCGCUGGCCGCCUACACCAUCGGCGCCUUCCUGCCCGAGGCGCAGGAGGCGCCGUUCGCGGAGGGCGUGGCGGCGGGCGGAGGCCAGCACUACGCGGACACGCACGAGUACAAGAAGGAGAGCGCGGGCGAGGGCGACGACCAGGGCGCGGACGCCUACGCGGGCGUGCUCCCGUCCGCCCACUUCGACGUGGCGUGCUACGAGGCCGCGGGCGGCGACAGCGGCUUCCUGCACCAGCCCCACCCGGCCGCCCACGGAGGCUUCUCGGGCUCCCCCUUCCACGACGCCCGGACCACCUCCUCCUCGGCCUCCGACGCCCACGCUCACGGCGACAAGGAUGGGGGCUUCGCGGAGGCGUACGGGAGUUACCUGCAGCAUCAGUUCGGCUCCGGCGUGGGCGCCCACGAGAGCCUCCUGGGCGGCACGCCGCGCCACCAGCCGCACCUCCACCUCCAGCACCCCCACCUCCACGCCGACAAGGGCCGGGCGGCCAGCGCCGGACCCCCGCCCUCCACCCCCUACUCGGCCUCGUCGCCCUCGUCCUCCAACUCCACCUCCACCUCCAGCUCGCUGUCGUCGUCCUCGGCGCCCUUCGCCCCCGCCUCCGCCGCCAGCGCCAUGCCCUCCCUGGCGGGCUCCACCAUCCUCCUGAACCCCAUGGCCCUGCUGGCGGACUCCGAGUGCGAGGGCGCCGCCGCCGCGCCCAAGGGCAGGCCCGAGUUCAGCACGCUCGACCUGGCGGCGCUGCAGGAGGAGGCGCACGAGGUCGUCAUCUGCGAGUGA